GUCGCCGUCGUCACCAUCCUGCCGGUGAUAGCCACGGCCGCUGUUGCCGUGUCCACGCACGCACGUGCGAUCCUCGUACCUACGACGUGCCGCGUCCUCGACGACGACAGCGUUCGUCGUGUCUGCUGGGCUCAUCUCUUAUCGGCUAGUAACUAGUGAUUCUCGUUUUGCCCAAGUGAUCAAUCAAAUUGGGAGAGCGUGGAGGAGAGAGGGACGAAUUGAAAUCUCUCCAGUCGGUAGAGAUAAAUCCAAGACAAGGAGCAAGGAGGAGGCGGAUUCAGUUCCUAAGGAGAGAAAGAGUGUGAGGGAGAAGGGUGGAGGCCGGCCUGUUUUAAUCGAUCGGAAAAUUGCGCGUUUUUUCUCUGUGUGUUGGUGGAGUGUCUGGUGAAUUUAUUCUGCCCUGGUCGAGGUUGUGUGUCGUUGUACAGUGCCUCCAAACGAUACCACAACAUCCGAUCCCAAAUGAAGAGUUCGGAGCAAAAUGGUUAGAGAGACACGUCACCUGUGGGUUGGAAAUCUGCCGGAAAACAUCCGAGAGGAUCGCAUCAGGGAGCAUUUCAAACGGUAUGGACGCGUGCAGAGCGUCAAGCUGCUGCCACGGGGCGAGGAGUGCCCUGUGGACGGAGGUUCCAGCAGUUCCCUUGGCGAAAGCAAUGAGGGCGGUUCCGGUUCCAGUUCAGGCGGCGGCGGCGGUGGCGGGAGCGGCGGUUCCUCGACCAGCGGGGGUGCGGCAGCGACGGUGGCGUUCAUGGAUAUCAAGUCCGCAGCGAAGGCUCACGCGACUGAGCAUACGCUGGACGAACGGGCUCUCACCACACAGUACUACGAGCCACAACAUCUUCAGCACAGGUUCCCCUCUCACGGAAGUUCAGAGGAUCAUGGAUCCAGCGGCGGCAGCGGGGGAGGAGGCGGCGGAACAGGCGGCGUUUCCGGUGGCGGCAGCGGUGGCGGGAGCACCGGUGCCGGGGUCGGCGGUAGCGGCGGCGGCGGUGAACGAGGAGACAGGGGAAGCGAGAAUUUCGAUUCACGUGGUUCCCAUGGCAGCUUCUACGGUAGCGAGAGGAGCAACCGAGUGGUUGGCACCGGGAGCGGCGUCGUCGGCGGCGGCGGCAGCGGCGGCGGCGGCGUCGGCAGUCAUUCGACGGAUCCAUCGACGGGGGACCCUGGCGGCUACAUAUCCCGCAGCCGUCCACCACCUACGAGUUCUUAUCACGUGACAUCGAGCAGGGCGAGGGAUCGGCUAUAUCCGAGGACCGGCCCGUACGUCUCUGGGCCGCCGCCCCCGCCCCACUUAGACCGACAUCGUGGAAGUUUGCCGCCGUCGUCCUGGUCGGCAUACGAGCCGACGAGUUCGAGGUACGGCGGGGCACCGCCGCCACCUUCACCCGCCACCAAUGACGCUUACCAAGACGACCAAGGAGGUGGUGGAGGCGGUGGUAGCGGUAGCACUGGUGCUUUGCGACAGCAUAAGAAACAGCGAAGAAAAUCACGAAGUGGGAGCAGCUCCCCAAGCGGUAGUAGUCGUUCCGGAAGUAGCAGCAGCAGUCGAAGCGGUAGCUCGGGCGGCAGCUCUUCCGGGGGUAGCACGUCGCCCGGUAGCUCGCCGCAUCGCACCAGCAACGUAGCCGUCACGGAGGAUCGCAGGCCGUUGGCCAUCUGCGUUAGAAAUCUGCCGGCACGUAGCAGCGAUACUUCCCUCAAGGAUGGCCUUUUCCACGAGUACAAGAAGCACGGAAAGGUGACGUGGGUGAAGGUCGUCGGUGCAGCCGGCGACAGAUAUGCCCUAGUCUGUUUUAAGAAACCCGAGGACGUGGAGAAAGCUCUCGAAGUUUCGCAAGAUAAGCUAUUCUUUGGAUGCAAAAUUGAAGUAGCCCCUUAUCAAGGAUAUGAUGUGGAGGACAACGAGUUUAGGCCGUACGAGGCGGAACUCGAUGAGUACCAUCCGAAAGCAACAAGAACAUUGUUCAUCGGUAACCUCGAGAAGGAUGUUACCGCAUCCGAGCUCAGGAAGCAUUUUGAACCGUUCGGCGAAAUAAUAGAAAUUGAUAUUAAAAAACAAGGCGCCGUGUCAAGUUACGCUUUUUGCCAAUAUUCGGAUAUCGGUAGUGUUGUUAAAGCGAUGAGAUCGAUGGAUGGCGAACAUUUGGGUGCAAAUCGAAUUAAACUUGGAUUCGGGAAGUCGAUGCCCACAUCCUGCGUUUGGGUUGAUGGUAUCGGAGAUUGCAUGUCCGAGAAAUAUUUAAACAUGCAAUUUCAUCAAUUUGGACCGAUAACUCAGGUAGUGGUAGAUCGUGAGCGUGGUCAUGCUCUGGUCUUUUUCGAUCAAAUAAGUUGCGCUCAAGCUGCCGUAAAAGAAAUGCGGGGAGCUGCACUUCGUGGUCGCCGUUUGCAGGUCGAUUUUGCCUCAAGGGAAUGUCAGGAAACGUUUUACGAACAUCUCGAGCGUCAAGGAAAUGUUAGUGAAAAGCCUUGGGACUCGAGGCCUUCGCCAGCAUCUUCAUUUGACGUGACGAUUCCUUCUAGGCGGGAGCGUAGUAGUUUCGAUUCGGCAGUGACGGUGUCGAGUUCGAGCAACAGAUUUACACGCUAUGACACGCCCCCGCGUUCAAGAACGGCAAAUUACUCGCGAACUUCUGGAGGCAGUACACCUGGUGCGAGUCCAGCCCAUCCAACAGCGAUGUCACGAAGUAGUAGACGAUCGUAUCAGGAUUCCUACUACGAUGGUGAUUACGCUGAACCGACGUCGCGACGGUUCCGUAGCUACGACGAGUUUAGUCAAGGCAGCGGUGCAAGUCACGAUGAUUAUCAGAGCAGCGUACUCAGUGACAGUAAACUCAACGACGACGAUUGUCCGCCACCAUCACGGCGUCACACAGUGCAAAGCGUCGUUACGAGUGUCGAUCCACCUGCGCCACCGCCACCGUUAUUACCUCCACCCGACAUUCGACAUCUCCAAAAGGAGCGCGUCCAUUUAUUGGAACAACUUGAAGAAUGUCACAGUAGCGGUGACGAGAUUGGUUUCGUGCCGAAGAAACGCGCUAAACUUGACAGUUCGUCGACGACAAUACUUUGUGAAGAUGACGAGCCGGAAAUUGCGUCGAUACUCGUUACCUCGCAUUCUAGUAGAAAAGGCAUGGACUUUAGACGCGUUAGUGAUAGCAAAGUAGUGGUGCAUCAUAGCACAAGGAGAGGUAGUUGCGAGGGCAGGGGUCCUGGACCUUGUAAACGUCGUCGGGAUGCCACUAGCAGGCAUCAUGAACAUCAUGAUGGAUCUCGACCAGGUACUCCUCUUGUUGAUGAGCGACCGGAGAAUUUAGUACCUAGCGAACCAAGACGAUUUAGAGAAAGGAGUCACGAAGGUCCAUUGUCGCUGCCUUUACCAAGGUUUGCAGCUCAAAUGUUGAACAAUAACAACAAUACAAGCAGUAGUAAUAACAACAAUGGCAGCAGCACUCGAUCGAGCAGUGCCAGCCUCGCCAAAGUUGCUAGUCCGCCAUGUGCCAGCUUGUCUACUGCGCCCAGUCCUCGUGCCGCUCCACAACCGCCGGCUUCACCGCCUCCCAGACAUACCAGCUCGAGUCCAACCAGUUCCGACAGCGAGACAGCGCCACAAUCCCCUAGUCUAGAGGAGAGGAUACGCUCUCUGGAUGAAAAGUACGAAAAAUGGUCUGGUUCGAGAGCAUUGAGUGCUGCUGGCGGUGAUGCACUGGCAAAACUUGAUGCGAGCGCUUCAGAAAGAUUCCGAUUUCGGCAUAAACUGCUCGAUAUGGAUCUCCAUGAGGUGCAACCUUCCGAUAUAGUGAAAUCAGUUCUCGCGAAAAGAAGCGUAUUCGAUGAAGACUCUAAGCGAUUGGAGAACUUCAGUGAAAAGUACGAACCGCGGGAAUUUACUGGUGUUAUUGGCGUUAGUUCUAUGAUCGGGAGCACCGCUGGUCUUACCACUAGUGGCUGUACUAGCAAAGUUUGUCUGCAGUAUCCGUUUCCUAGUCAUCCGCCGGUACAGCCGACCAGCGGUAUUUCGGUUAGUCAAGUCGGCAUUAAUACGUCAUUGUCCGCAAGUUUGACCGCGACGACGACUUCGAUGGCCCCGUCGAUGUUGAAGACCGAUCCGCGGAUAGUGCAACAUAACUGCAUACAUCCAACGCCGGCGACGCCGAUUACACCUGGUACUUCUAUCAAGACAGUUAGUCCUGAAUUACCACCGGUUUCUCUACCAAUCGGUCUCAUUAGUGGAACAGCAGCCAGUAGUGGCAACGGUAGUGGUUUAGCGUCAGCCAGUAGUCUUCUAAGCAACAAUGGUAGCAUAGGUAGCAUUCACACUCUUGGAGCCUCGACACAUCGAGGAUUGAGCAUCUCUGCGACCACCGCAUCACCCACGGUGACUGCAGCGUCAACAGAUGCCUUCUCGACUGCGAUAACACCAGCGGUACCUGUUGCGACAACCUCGUCAACGGUAGCAGCAACAACAACGAUGUCUGUAACAGGCACAGUAUCUUCCAUGACUACUACCAGUUCGAUAGCUCCACCGUCUUCCAUAACAUCCUCAUCCAAUUCUUCCUCUUCAUCGUCAUUAUCCACAACUUCCACAGAUUUGACUCGUUCUCGUUUAAAGAAAGAAACGAGCGGUAGCAGUCGAGAGAGCAGAGAUUCCCGCGACGGAAAGGAUGGCAGAGAGUCAAAACAUAAUAAAGGGAAAGAUUGUCAAAGAAGAUCACGAAAGGAAGAAGCAGACGUUGAAAGAAAUCGUAAAGAUAAGGAUGAAAGUUUAAACGUUGUAAGCGAUAUGAGCAACACAGAUAAUCAUAAUAGAGACAUUAAGGAAAACAAAGAACUAAGGUAUGAACGGAAAGAACGAGAAGAGAAAGAAAGGAGAGACAAAGAAGAUCGUGAUAGACAAGAGCGAAGGGAUAAGGAAGAGCGUGAUCGACAAGAGAAAAAAGAAAAGGAGGAACGUGAAAGACGCGAAAAGGACGAAGAGAGGCGAGAAAAAGAAAGACAAGACAAAGAACGGCAGGAAAAAGAUAGGAAAGAGCGGGAAGAAAGAGAACGCGAGAGAAAGGAAAGGGAAGAGAAUGAACUUAAAGAAAAAGAGAGACGAGAAAAGGAACGUAUCGAACGUGAAAGGAGAGAACGAGAGGAGAAAGAACGACAAGAACGGAAGGAAAGAGAAGAGCGCGAAAGGAGAGAACGGGAAGAACGCGAAAGAAAAGAACGGGAAAUUCGUUUGGAGCGUGAAAAGCAAGAAAAAGAGCGUCUUAAAAAGGAAAGAGAAGAACAAGAAAGAAGAGAAAAAGAAGAACGGGACAGAUUAGAACGAGAAAGAAGGAGAGAAGAGAAAGAACGUCUCGAACGAGAAAGAAAACGAGAAAGGGAAGAGAAAGAGAGACUAGAACGUGAACGGCGAAAAGAGAAAGAAGAACGAGAAAAGAUGGAAAAGGAGAAACGCGAGAAAGAAGAACGAGAGAGACUCGAAAAACUUGAAAGAGAGAAACAUGAGAGGGAAAAGCGACGGGAACGCGAAGAUCAAGAGAGGCGGGAGAAAGAGAAGGCCGAGCGCGAAAAAAGAAGAGAUCGCGAAGAAAAGGACAAAGAGAAGAGAGAACGUGACGAUAACAGACGGCAGUCGACUGAGAAUCAUCUACAUCCCUCUACUCCGCAAUCACAGAAUCAGGUUGCUCCGGCACCGGUACCGAUCAAGCGUAGGUGUUCGUCGCAAGAUUGCCCCACAGACGAAGACGCUAAGCGUGUGAAACUUUCGGAUCAUCGGCGAGACAGCAAAGACCGGUCUAAGCAAAACAGGAGAUCCGAAGAUCGCAAGCAUCGUAAUGAUUCGCAUCGUUCUAGUCGAGAGAGCAGGGAGAGUCGUGACAGUAAGGAAAGUACAACGCAAGAUAGCAGGGACGGAACGCAUGGCGAAUCGACGCGGGAAAAUAAUUCGAGGGAGAGCGGAAAUAAGGAAAAACAAAGGAGCAAGAAGAAUCGAUCGGAGAAGGAGUCGAGAGAGCGUAGCCCAAGAGUCUCACACGAAUCCGAUAAAGAAUUUCUGUCAAAAUUGGAACUUUCCAAAAGAAACGACUCGAGUCCAUCGACUGAGCAGUCUUCUGUAGGAACAAAUCACAGAGACGCGCAACAUCAUCAACAGCAACAGUCUACAGUAAAUUCUCAUAGCGAUGUGGACGAUGGUCCUCUCUCUACUCACGAAAUACAGGUGGCGAGAAAUCCAUCAGCCACGGAUACAGACAGUGACGAGCCUAAAAAACAUUCGAUUUUCGAUAUUGUCGAUGACGAGCCUGCUUACAUUAGCAUGUAUGACAAAGUGAAAGCCCGUUCAACGAAAAAUAUGCAAAAAUUAGAAGAAGAGAAGCGUCAAGUACGUCUAAAGGAUCAAUUUUCCCAGUUGAAGCAAAGUCGUGCUAGACGAGAGGAGAAGAAGCAAUGUACAUCUUGGGACGGAGAUUCAGUAAGUAGCAAAGCUCUGACGGAGGACGAGGCUUCUUCCGAAUCGGAUUCAACGAGAACCAAGUCCCUCUCGAGAAAGGGCUCGCGAUCUCGCAUUCAUUCAGACACAAGCGAAGAGGAGGAACCAUUCAACAACAAAGUCCGAAAGCCUGUAAAGACAGAGAGAUUCCUCGAGAGCGACGUCGAUCUCGGCUUUGCCGAUACUGAGGAAAAGCAGAAUCCGCUAGAAACUUCAAAUGUUAUCGUUAACAGCGUGCAUACGAAUAUUAAGGAGGAGCCUCGUACGUCCGACGAAGAUGAGCGAGUCGCUAUUGGUUUCCGUACGAAUCAUCCCGCGAUAGUAGUGAAUAAUCACGAAAGGGAUUCACGAAAGAAGUCACACAAGAAGAAACAGAAACGUCAGAAAAAUAGCAUCUCGAGCGAAGACAAUUUGAAGAUCGAACCGAAUGUAGAACAUAAGAAUAAAGCUGAUGUCAUCACGUCGAAUGCAGACUGUCGGCCAAAUCACGGUACGGAAUUAACUACUGUCACUGCUGCUACGACCAUUGUCACAACAACAUUGGAGAACGCGGAGGAGAGAAUGCGAGCCGAUAAGAAGCAACGUAGUAAAAAGGAGAAAAGACGUGAUCGGAACGGAGAAGAUAAAGCUAAAGCAAGACGAAAGAGGCUCAACAGACAAGAGGCGAGGGAUUCUCAACGUAUGGAGGAUAUCUUCGGACCUCUGUCGGAUGACGUUGACGAUGCUCCGCCUAACACCUUCUUUAACAGAUUUGGUAACAUGACGUCGGAGAAUAGCGCUUACGCUUCGGACAGCGACGGUGGUCGUAGCUCACUCGACAUGGAUAGAGUGAGACGUAAAACAGAAAAGAAACGGCGUCAUCAGCCGGAAGAUGAGAACAGCGUUGAUCUAGCUGAAGCCGGGCGAGAAAUCGAGGCGAAACUCUUGCGUAUACCGAGCUCUCCGAAGACCACCCCCACGAUCGAAUCUAAUGAUCAUGAUGUCUUUCGAUUUACCGAUGAUAAUGAUAGUGUCGAGCCGUCCACACCUUCGACAGUGCCGGAAAAAGUCAAGGAGAAGAAAAAGAAACGGAAGAAGUCGAAAGAGGAACGUAGUCGAAAAGAUUACCAUCACCAUCACCAUCAUCAUCACCAUCAUCACGAAAAGAGCAGUGAAUUACCUUAUUUGGGUGCCGAACCUAGUCCACCGAGAGCGAGCAGUCCACUAGUAUCUAAGACAAUAUCACCCAAUUUGUCCACGUCUAGAGAAACAUUAUUAAGUCCUAUACCUAAGAUGACUACCAAUGUAUCGACCGUGCCGUCGAUCACUUCACCAGUUGUAACUAGUAACAUUCAGACUCCCAAGUCGGAAAAGAAGAAGGACAAGCUCAUACCCGGCUUUGGAAUAGAAAUAGACGAAACAAUUCACGAAAAUGCUGUGAAAAGUAUCUCAGAACCGGAAGAAAGGGACAACAGUUGUCAAUCGCGAAGCGGUAGAGAGGAACCGGAAGUACCUGUACCAACGACACCACCGGCUCAAAACGAAGACAAACCACGAGUGGCAAUUUCGCAAGAAGAAACGGAGGAUGCCGUUGCCGCGUUGCUCGAAGAAACAUUUGGCGCCUCGACGGAGGACUUCUCUUAUGAGGGCGAAGAGGAAGAAACGGAAGCCGAUGGGGUUGCUGGGACACCGGCCGAAGCGCCCCAGGAAGACGUUGAAGAGAUGCAGCAAGCGGUCGAGAGUUUGAACGCCUCGACAGGAGAGGGCGAUGCGGACAUGAAACCAGAUACUCCACAGAGCGAGCAUGAUCUUCAAAUCGAUACGGACACGGAGGAAGAUCCGAAUUAUGAGACGGUCGAUCUCACGCAACCGCCAAAGACACCCGACAUACCAUCGUUUUAUAAAUCUCCAACGAAGACGUUACCUAUGGCGCCCAUUUUAACUACGCCUGAGAAGUCAAUUGAAGUACGAUUACCACCCACAGUUACGAAACCACAGAGUCCACCGCCUUCCGUAAUUGCUCAUUCUUGGAGUUUGAACGAACACAAUAAGGCACGAGAACCCGUGAAACCCCAUCAAUUAAAAACUAGCGAAUCAGAUACUGACGUAACCAGUCCAGAGAGAACAGCACAGGUGCAAAGAACGUCCGCGUCACCGCCACCACCUCAGUAUAAACAGCCUAUGCUAGUUCCUUGUAGCGUACCGAUCAGUGACGUACCGAAACCACUCUCCGUUCCAAGUUCCCGACCAUCACCGAUCACAGUGCAACCUCUGUAUCAAAGGCUCCCUGUAUCUCCACAAUCUCAAAUGGUACCGAUGCGUCAAGCUUCUCCUAAAAUGCAAAACGUCACUACAGUUUCAUCUUCCAAUGCAACACCGUUGCCGCCAUUAGUUCCGUCAAGAAUGCCUCCUUUGGUACCGUCGCAACCAUCACCGCGCGUUUCUCAGCCGCUUUCACCUAACGGACAAUGGUCACGGAAUCCUACGUUAAACCCGCACGUACCCAACGUGGGGAAAAGAAAACCGUCACCACCACCACCUACUAAGAUUGCAGUAUGCGUGCCUAUCCCCGCUCAUAGACCGGAAACGCCAGUUCAGCAAAUUUAUUCGACUGCGGUGACUCAACAGCCUGUAAUACAGCACGCCUCUGGAAUGGUGGCACCCGCACCUGGCUAUCCACGCGGCGGUUUACCGCCAUUGACCGUGAAUAUCCCACCACGACCUUACAUGCCGGUGCCACCAUUGGCAUCCGGCAUACAGGUCAAGAGCUCGCGCGAUGUCUCUGGCAAAUCUGUAAUUGAGACGCUACUUCCCGUAAAUCCGAACGAACCUCAGAGACUAGAUGAACCAAAACUAUCACCCGCCGUUAUACCGGAACCAACUAACAAAGCGUCCACCUCUCCUAAGGUUCCCUCGCCGAAUCAACCGCCUACAUAUAUACCUGAAACGGCGAAGAUAGAAAUUAACGCUAGCACAUCUAGCCCAGUAUUUGGCAAACCUUACAUCACGGACAGUUACACGAUGUCACCUAGAACGCAGAAGCAAAUUUCCGUACCCAUUACAACAGACAGCAAUCUGCUAUCACCAAGACAAAAACAGGAAGUAUCCAAUCUUCAACUUCUAACUACGCACGUACCUCGCUCUUCUACGCCAAGUCCUGUGAUCGUGGCUCACGGUCAUCUACUUCACAAAUCUGUUCACUCUCUAGGCCCACAAACAGUCUCUUCUUCGAAUCAACCAUUGAUAAAAACGGUGGUACCUAUAGUUCCCCAACAAGUAACACCGAACACGACAUCAUCGGUGCUCAGCGAUAAGUGCGUCAUUCCACAAACACCCGUUGUUUGUCAAAGGCAGUCACCUGUCACUCAAAGUCAAGUAGUCAAGUCUCACAUACCUUUGGUAUCCACAGUGUCACAGACGAUCAUAACCAGAGUGGUACCAUCCACUGUAUCUUCUAUGUCAACUCCACCGGUGAAUGAGCAAACCACACCGGAAUGUUUAGAACCACAUAUAAUCCAAGGACAACAAUUAGAGUUGGAUGCCGAAGCGCAAAUUAACCAAACUGCUCAACCGAUGCAACUUACACCUCCUAUACAAUCUGCACCGAUUGAUGAGAUAAAGAAGGAACCAGCCGAUGUCGAACAGGAAGAAACGAUGGAAGAAACUACAUAUAACGUAACUGAAUCUGAGAUGCCUUUGAAUCCACUAUGUAUAAAAGAAGAAGAUGUGAAACAGGAAAAACAAGAAGUGAUUAACACGGAGAUUGCACCAUGCGUUCCUAAAGUCGAACCUGUCGAUACGAUUGUACCGAAACUUGAAACGGAAACUCCUGUAAAACUGGAGCCUACAAAUGAAAUUAAAGAAGAGGAGGCUGUAAAGGAAACUGAUGAAGCAGAAUUAGAUGAAGAGCCAGGAGAGGAUUUAUUGAAAGAACCAAGCACGGAUCCUCUCGCUAUUGAUUCCAAGGAAGAUCCAAUCGAUAGCAAGGAAGAUAGCGAUUACUGGUCCGCAAAGGAGGUGAAUAUCGAAAGCGUCAUAAAGAAGGUUGACGCUUUAUGCGAUGGUGAAGGUAACGACGGUGAUGAUGAAGCGCAACAGGGCAACGAAAGCAUGAAUAGCGAUUCGCAUGACACCAGCAAGCACGAAUCGGAUUGGUUCGACGCCGAGUCGACGGAGGGUGAGAGUAAAAAGAACUUCGUUACGGCUGACGAUCAAGACGAGAGUGUUGAAACAUGCGAAAACGAGUGUACGAGGAGUCGUCGCGGCAGAACGAAGAAUAGGCGCGGUAGUCGCGGCGGGGUCACUACCAGGCGAGGUGGUAGAAACGCAAGCGCCGUCUCUCAUCGGCGAGGUGGUAGAAGUUCCAGGGGUAGCAAACAUCACGUUGAAAAGAAUAAGUUGCCAGCCGAUGUUUAUGAAUUCCACGAUGACAGCGAAGAGGACAAUGCAGGUCGUCCGCGACUUAUUCUUACUAUUAAAUCUCCUGGGCCAAACGUAACGGGACCGAAUGCGCAACCGGCGACACCCGUGGCCGCGGUCAAGGAGGUGCCGCCGGAGGAGUUUGUCUCUCCCGCUGCCAACACGAGGAAAUCUAGAAGAUUGGCUGAAAGAGACGGUAGUCGCAACACGAUUGACGAUGUCAUCGAGGAUGUUGUCCGCGGAUCACCCACGAAUAAAGGAUUAAUCAGCGGUAAUGCUGGAAAUGUGCAUGCUACUAGGCGAAGCACUAGACACAACAAUGUUCCGCGUAGUACAGCGCAGCAAUCCAUUGUGCCGCUGACAGAACUUCGCAAAUCACCGAGGGGAAGUCGUAAAGCAGCGAGGCGAACAUCGGAGAAUAAUGACGACAGUGGAGAGGAGAAGGCGAAGGAAGUAACAGCAGCGCCGCAAGAGACUCCGAUCAAGGAAGAGCCGAAAUUGAUUCAGCCGGAAAGUCCGAAAGUAGAGGAACCGAUUCAAACUGUUACACCAGCACCGCUGAAGACGGUAUCACACGAGCCGAUGACAUUGAUCGAUCCAGUUACGGGAAUGUUGAUACCGAUGAGAGAAUCCGAGGAGGGCCAGUACAUUCCGGUGUCUACGUCGUCUGGUCAAGUGCAAACUAUCAAUAGAACACUUGUCGAAUCUCGAAGCAGCGUAUUACCUGGUGCAACCCCGACGAACGAAGCCCCACGAACGAAACUUGUUUCUGAGAGUUCUGUCUUAGUACCAGCAGAGCCGAAGAAAGAAGCUGUUAUAGAACACGCAUCUUGUCAGCCGACACCAACCCAACAACAAAUCCAACCGCAAACUAGCGUAAUUACGAAACCACAAUCGCCAGCGGUACAAGUCACCUCGAUUACUGUUGCACAAUCUUCGACAACAGGCACGACUAUCGUGACUACCGUGACUGCGACGACCGCACCAACUACGACGGCGCAACCGAUAUCCACCUCGUCUUCGCAAACGAAACCUACGAGCCUCAAGGCGCACGUGUUGAACGCCAGCAAGCUAGUAACAUCGGCUCAACAGCAAGUUAUCACUAAACCCGUAGUUCCGAGUCUACCUAACCAAACGAUAGUACAGAACAUCGUCAAGCCACCCGCGCAAGCAGUACAGGGUCUCAAUUUGCAAAUACCACCCGGCAGAGUCGUGUCGCCCAGCUUGAGCCCACGUGCGAAACAAGCGCCAUUGACUCCAACGAAUGGAAAACAAGGUCAACCAAUGUCUCCUGUGCUCAACAAUACUGGAGCACCGCCUAAUCCCAAGCAACAUCUUCUUCAAGCCGCUAAGCAACAAACAUCGACGAUAGUGAACAUGCCACAAAAACUGCCGAUGAAUAUACAUCCUGCCAGUGUGAACGUUAGUACUCCGACACCAUCAAGAAUCCAUCAACCGCAGCCUACUGCUCUAAAAGGUAUCAAUGGACAGCCCCAUCCGCUCAAUCCGAAAACACACUUGCUACAGGCUGUGGUUCCACCGAUUGGAACAGUAGCGAGUUCACCUACGCAACCGCAUCUCGUCAAUCCUCAGAUCUCAACUGUCGUAAACAGUGUCCGACCACCGGGACCGAAAGCUCCUACCACUGGACCAAUGGAACCGCAAAAGGUGGAAGUGCCAAUGUCUGGUUGUAUUAUGGUGCCGACUGCGAGUCCGCAAAGUCGUAGUGUACCGAUGCCGACGUACGAGCCUCCACUGCAUGGAAGUACGGGUGCUACUCCACCAGGGGGUCAGUAUGGUCUUGUCCCCCCGCAUCGUUCCCAGAGCCCUCCAUUGCCUCCACCUGCCCAUCAUCAUGCUAAUACUUCACAGAGUGAAGUCGUCAACCAUUACGGAGGACUAGUUCGUGACCACUACUUGCAUUCUCAAAUGUUCCAAUAUCAAUAUCUCCGCGCGCAACAGGAAGCGUUAACGGCUCCUCGCAUAACUUAUCACAUUCCAGGAACAAGAUCUCCGCACGUACCUUUAGAUCCGAAACUCGAGCCUGGUAUAGAGGACAGUCACAGUCCUCCUUUAGAACUGAGACGAGGCACAAGAACGCCUCAGGAUCGUACUACCGACAGUCCGCAAAUUGCUCAUUUAUACGGGGGAAUGAGACCGUUACCACCCCCUCCAUCACAAUACACGGGAAGUAAUCCAUCGUUAUCUGGCGCACCGGCUAGCGCUAGAGCGGGUUACGGGUACGAACCACCACCCGCUCAUUUGCGUUCUCAAUAUCCUGUGGCUGGCAGCGAGGCUCCACCUGAAAUAGGUAGAGCUCCUACGCCGGAUAGAUGUAGGAAACAUCAGGUCGUCACUCCGCCGCUUUACGCGUCUCAGGUGCCACCGCAAGCGGAUUCAUUUCAGAUGCUACUCCAACGUCAUCCGGUUAUGUGGCAAGGUUUAUUAGCUCUCAAGAACGAUCAAGCAGCGGUACAGAUGCACUUUGUCUUUGGCAAUCCCAGAGUAGCCAGAGACAGUCUUCCAUGUAACAGCGAUGGCUCUACACCGCCGUUGAGAAUAGCGCAAAGGAUGAGAUUGGAGCAAACUCAAGUCGAGGGCGUAGCAAGAAAGAUGCAGACUGAAGAUGAACAUUGCAUGCUAUUGGCACUACCUUGCGGCCGUGAUGAAGUAGAUGUAUUGCAACAAAGCAAAAAUCUUCAAGCAGGAUUUAUUAUGUAUCUUCAACAAAAGCAAGCUGCUGGAAUUGUAAAUAUUGCUGCACCUGGGUCGCAACAGGCGGCGUAUGUAGUUCACAUUUUUCCAUCUUGUGAUUUCGCGCAUGAAACUUUGGCAAGAAUAGCACCGGACCUACAUCACCGAGUUGCAAAAAUUGCUCACUUAUUAAUUGUCAUCGCCACGGUUUGAGGCCAAUCAGCGACCUACUGGAUUAAUCUAACUAUAUCUCUCGCCUUCGCGCACCGCAGGACGCUUCGCACGUGGUAUGAAGCCUGGAGUGUCCGUCUGACACACAUAGUUGUGCGACAAACAGAGAGAUGCAUUCAAGAGGAAGAACUCCUUGUUAGGAGUUGUAUCAGUGACAAUCAAACGGAACCCGGCGGUAAGCCGAUCUUUAGAUCGUAGGCCUAAAAAACGAGGCACGAGGUUGUGCAGUGAAGCGAGGUUAGCACCUGGUUAUCAUCGUGCGUGCCUCUCUUCGAUGAAUUUCGCGCGGGCAAGCUCGUUUCGUUCUCUUGUCCCUUUUUUCCUCCUCUUUUCCUUCGAACAGCUUGUGACUCGCGUCAAUCAUUGACAACGUUUGUGGGAUCGACCGACGUCACUCUUGGUCUUUCUGACAAGCGAGUCAGGCACAACCCCAGCCCUCAAGACAAGACCUUCGAUUCGUCACGCGACGUCCGCUUACUUACGCUCGUCCUUCCCGUAGAGGGAACAGUAAUAAUUCGUUGCUCUAGAUGGACAAGUGGACUGCGAAGCAUAAUAACGAAUAGGAGAACCUUAACGUACACUCGUCACUAUUACACAUGAGUUAUUUUAAGCGAGGUCUAGGCAUUAAUGAUAAAUUGUGUAAAUUAUAUAAGCGAGCCACCGAGGGCAUAACUACUGUGAUUUUAAGUAUUUAACGAUAAUAUAACUGCGUAUAAAGGAGAAAAGAAGAAGGUGACAAAAAGUAAAAACAUAUAAGGGGAUGCCCGACUAAUGGUCCGCGCGGUAUGUGAUGUGUUUUUGUAUAAUACUGCUCUAUAUAAAUAAUUAUGUAUUAUAUUACUGUAAUUGAUAGUUUGCUGCUGCCCGUUGCUGCUGCCGCCGUCGGUCGUGUCGUUAGAAUGUAAAUUACAAUGUUAGACAUCUAGCACAGAGAAACGAGAAAAGUUGGGCUACCCCGAGUAGGAUUUCCGAUCUAUUUGUAGAUCUAUCCAUUUGCGUAUGUAUCAUAAUUACUCGGAGCAGGAUGCGAAUUUGUGAAUUACUAUUAUUACUCUUAGCAUAUUCUCUUAGCGUCAUACAUCUUACAAAAUGAUUUUUAACAUUACUACUUAUUCUUUAUCAUUAUGAUUAUUAUGAUUACUAUUAUCACCAGUGUUUCCAGUGUUGCCAGUGUCAGUAUAAUUCUAAUACACACACACACACAUAUAUAAAUAUAUGCAUACACGUACAUAAAGAAAUGGAAAAUUGAGAGGGAGGAGAUACAUAAUGAAUAAAAUAAAUUAAACGAUGAAUCGAUCUUCUCAUUUAUGAGAAUCGUAUUUCACGUUUAAUUUAUUUCAAUAAAUGACUCUGGUAAUACUGAUCAUUACCCAUUCUUAUUACUGUUAUUAUUAUUAUUAAUAUUAUUAUUAA